GGCUGACCCAACUGGAAACGAAGAACCCAACCCGGUCACGUCAAACCCCCAGGACCUAGCGGUGCACCAGCUUCUGCGACGGAUACUGCUCUUAAUCCAGCUGGUGCGGUUCCUCGCUUUCACCUUCUGUGCCCUAGCAACCGCCGGUUUUGCCAUCGGGGUCAUCCUUAUGGCUCUGGAUUUUGACGGUACGGACGAAGAAUUCUACGAGGAGAACGGCGAAGUGAAGACAAGGAUGUGCGUUCUUGAAUCUUGUUUUGGUUUCUUAAAACAGCUGAACUGUCUAAACCUAAAUAGCCAUUUCUAA